AGUUGCAAUCAUAGAGCAGUUCUGAGGUAACUACCAUCGACCUUUACUUUAAGAGUAAGCAGGAAGAGGGACCGCUACUUCUACUUCCUGAGUCCACUCUCUGCUCAUCUUUAAGUUGACUGAGUUUUUGUUCUUGGUGAUGUCUUUGAAUGAUCGUCAGAGCUCCUGUCAGUGAUCAGAUGGCUCUCACAUUUAACUCUUCUCCGCCUGAUAACACUUCCUCCUCCUUUGUCCUCUCCCUCUGCCCCACUGCCACUACGCUCUUCAUCCUCCCCCUCCACCUACACACUCCUCUUCCUCACCGCUCUCCCGGGAAAUGCUCUCUCUCUCUGGGUGUUCCAGCGGUGCAUCACCUCCAUCUCCCCCACCCACGUUUAUCUGUCCCACCUGAGCGUCUCCAACCUCAUGUCCUCCCUCACCAUGCCCUUCCUCGCGGCGUACUACGCCCGGGGCUCCGCCUGGCCUCUGAGCAGUGCCCUGUGUCAGCUCGUCCUGCACGUCAUCACGCCAAACUACUUAAUCAACAUGUACAUCAGCCUCAUCAUCCUCACUUUGGUCGCCCUCAACCGCUUCGCCUCGCUCAUCAAGCACACACAUGCCUCCCGACCGAGCACCUGCACCACCCUGCUGCCUAACCGAUUCUUCACCUGCCUCACUAGGACCGCCUUCGCCCACCGGGUGUGCGUGGCCAUGUGGGUAGUGGCGGUCGGGGGCAUUGUUCCGGUGACAGUUUACUACUCUGUGAAGGAGACUACAGCCGACGCAGAGAAAGGAGUAGGAAGUGGAGGAGAGGGAGUUUGUUACAGCCCGGCGGUAGAGCUCGGGGGCGCUCUCUCUGCUGUCUUAAAUGCCCCCUCUGAUCCUCCUGUUCUUUGUGUUCUACCUGCUGGUCCUGCUGUGCUACAUGACGGUGCUGAGACACAUCAGACGCUCCCGACGCAGCACCAACAUCCCCACCUCCCACAGCCAGCUGGGACGGGUGCUCCGAAACAUUGUGGUCAUCCAGGUGGUUCUUUCAGUUUGCCUGCUGCCGUAUCACAUCUUCAAACCUGUCUUCAUCUACCUGGCUCAUGAUCAACCUAUGCUGACAUUUUCAACUCGACCCGACACCUGCCAUCCACUCUCCACCAUCGUCGAGCUGAAGAGCUUCUUGAUAUUUCUGGCUGAACUGAGAGGAGCCACUGACCCGCUGAUGUACUUCCUGUUGGACAAAAUGUUCCGAAGCCAAACCCUGAGACUUUUCAGGUGCAACAAGCCCGACUCUGGGAGCAGACACGUGCACUGUUCAAUUACGGGGAGUGUCAGUCAGAACACUUGACAGCAGAGCGGGAGGUCAAAUGUGGCUGCAAUUGGACAGUGGAUUCAAGUCAUGACGGUGUUUUGUAGCUUGUACAUUUUAAGAGACCUCAGAUGUUUUAGAGGUCCUGGUAGUCUUGUUGUUGGGAGGCAUCGUCUUAAAACGGCCCAAACAUCCCCACAGUGAUUUUAUCAGCGACUUUUGUUGCACCACACGCUUCUCUUUCUACAAGUCAAAAACAUUUAAAAAACGCUCUCCUCUGUGGGGAGAAACACGAUGCCAUUUUGUCUUUUUCAAGUAGACAUGGAAAUGUUAGUCGAGCAGCCGUUGUGUGCAACAGCAGGCUAUAAAUAUUUGAUAUGUGUGUCAUAAA